AUGGCCGCUUCAGAAAUGGUGGAGGUGGAGCCGGAAUCCAACAUCAGAGGCCCUGAGAUAGUCACCAUGGGGGAGAACGACCCUCCGGCAGCCGAAGCUCCCUUUUCCUUCCGAUCACUCUUCGGCUUGGAUGAUUUGAAAAUAAGUCCUGUGGUACCAGACGGAGACGCAGUGGCCGCGCAGAUCUUGUCCCUUCUGCCCUUGAAGUUUUUUCCGAUCAUCGUCAUUGGGAUCAUCGCCUUGAUACUGGCGCUGGCCAUCGGCCUGGGCAUCCACUUCGACUGCUCUGGGAAGUACAGGUGCCAUUCAUCCUUCAAGUGUAUUGAACUAACAGCUCGAUGCGACGGGGUCUCCGACUGCAAGAACGCAGAGGAUGAGUACCGAUGUGUGCGGGUGAGUGGCCAAAGAGCGGCGCUCCAAGUGUUCACAGCCGCUGCGUGGAGGACCAUGUGCUCUGAUGACUGGAAAAGCCACUAUGCCAAGAUUGCCUGUGCCCAGCUGGGGUUUCCCAGCUAUGUGAGCUCAGAUCACCUCAGAGUGGAUGCGCUGGAGGAGCAGUUCCAGGGCGACUUUGUGUCCAUCAAUCACCUCUUGUCAGAUGACAAGGUGACCACAUUACACCACUCUGUGUACAUGAGGGAAGGCUGCACCUCAGGCCACGUGGUCACCUUGAAGUGUUCAGUCUGUGGCACGAGAACGGGCUACAGUCCCCGCAUUGUGGGUGGAAACAUGUCCUCGCUCACUCAGUGGCCCUGGCAGGUCAGCCUCCAGUUCCAGGGGUACCAUCUAUGUGGGGGCUCCGUCAUCACCCCUCUAUGGAUCGUCACCGCGGCGCACUGUGUUUAUGACCUGUACCACCCCAAGUCCUGGACUGUCCAGGUGGGUCUUGUGUCCCUGAUGGACAGUCCUGUGCCCUCCCAUCUGGUGGAGAAAAUCAUCUAUCACAGCAAGUACAAGCCAAAGCGGCUGGGCAAUGACAUAGCCCUCAUGAAGCUGUCUGAGCCGCUCACCUUUGACGAGACCAUUCAGCCCAUCUGUCUGCCCAACUCUGAAGAGAACUUUCCCGAUGGGAAAUUGUGCUGGACCUCAGGAUGGGGAGCCACAGAGGAUGGAGGUGACGCCUCCCCUGUCCUGAACCACGCGGCUGUCCCUUUAAUUUCAAAUAAGAUCUGCAACCACAGGGACGUGUAUGGCGGUAUCAUCUCUCCCUCCAUGCUCUGUGCAGGCUACCUGAAGGGCGGCGUGGACAGCUGCCAGGGAGACAGUGGAGGACCCCUGGUGUGCCAGGAGAGGAGACUGUGGAAGUUAGUGGGCGCAACAAGCUUUGGAAUUGGCUGUGCCGAGGUGAACAAGCCCGGAGUCUACACGCGGAUCACCUCCUUCCUGGACUGGAUUCACGAACAGUUGGAGAGAGAUCUGAAGACUUGAAGAAGAGGGAACCAGCCAGCCCCUGAGCUCCUGAGGGCAUUCACAGCCCGAGCCUUCCCUGGACUCCUGUGUGGCCAUGUUGGAUGGGAGUACCCGCUCUUACUGCUCUGCCCAUUGCACUGAAAGGGAGCCAGCGGGA